UGGGCCGCGGCCGGGAGGGCGGGCGGGCGCAGUCCCGAGCCGGUGGAGGACGCGCCGGGCCCUCGGCGAUCCGUGGGUGCGGCCAGCGUCCGUGCGCGCCGUGGCCAUGGCCGUGCGCUCCGCGCGCCCCUGUCUGCUGGCGCUGGUGCUGUGCUGCGGCUGGGGGGUGCUGACCACGGUGGCCCAGAAGCCGGGCGCGGGGUGCCCGAGCCGCUGCCUGUGCUUCCGAAGCACGGUGCGCUGCAUGCAUCUGCUGCUGGAGGCCGUGCCCGCCGUGGCGCUGCAGACCUCCAUCCUGGAUCUUCGCUUUAACAGAAUCAGAGAGAUCCAGCCUGGAGCCUUCAGGAGGCUGAGGAGCCUGAAUACCUUACUUCUCAACAAUAAUCAGAUCAAGAGAAUCCCUAGUGGGUCCUUUGAAGACUUGGAGAAUUUAAAAUACCUCUAUUUGUACAAGAAUGAGAUCCAGUCAAUUGACAGGCAAGCGUUUAAGGGACUUUCCUCUCUAGAACAACUGUACCUGCACUUUAAUCAGAUAGAAACUUUGGACCCUGACUCAUUUCAACAUUUGCCGAAGCUGGAAAGGCUAUUUCUACACAACAACCGAAUUACACAUUUGGUCCCGGGGACAUUCAAUCACUUGGAAUCUAUGAAAAGACUGCGACUGGACUCCAAUGCACUGCACUGUGACUGUGAAAUCCUGUGGCUGGCGGACUUGCUGAAAGCCUAUGCGAGGUCGGGCAACGCGCAGGCAGCUGCCACCUGCGAAUACCCUAGACGCAUCCAGGGACGGUCGGUGGCCACCAUCACCCCAGAAGAGCUAGACUGUGAAAGACCCCGGAUCACGUCCGAGCCUCAGGACGCAGAUGUCACCUCGGGGAACACCGUCUUCUUCACCUGCAGAGCUGAGGGCAACCCCAAACCCGAGAUCAUCUGGCUACGAAACAACAACGAGCUGAGCAUGAAGACGGAUUCCCGCCUGAACUUGCUGGACGAUGGGACCCUAAUGAUUCAGAACACACAGGAGACAGACCAGGGCACCUACCAGUGCAUGGCGAAAAACGUGGCUGGGGAGGCGAAGACGCAGGAAGUGACCCUCAGGUACUUUGGGUCUCCAGCUCGACCCACUUUUGUAAUCCAGCCGCAGAACACAGAGGUGCUGGUCGGGGAGAGUGUCACCCUGGAGUGCAGCGCCACCGGCCACCCGCUGCCCCAGAUCACCUGGACAAGAGGGGACCAGACGCCGGUGCCGGCCGAUCCACGUGUUAGCAUCACUCCCUCGGGCGGCCUUUACAUUCAGAACGUGGCUCAGGAGGACAGUGGGGAGUACACGUGCUUCGCGGCUAACAGCGUCGGCAGCAUCCACGCCACGGCCUUCAUCAUCGUCCAGGCUCUUCCUGAGCUCACUGUGACCCCUCAGGACAGAGCUGUGAUUGAAGGUCAGACGGUUGAUUUCCAGUGCGAGGCCAAGGGCUACCCGCAGCCCGUCAUCGCCUGGACCAAAGGAGGGAGCCAGCUGUCGGUGGACAGACGGCACCUGGUCCUGUCAUCAGGGACACUGCGGAUCUCGAGUGUCGCCCUCCACGACCAGGGCCAGUAUGAGUGCCAGGCCGUCAACAUCAUCGGCUCCCAGAGGGUCUCAGCCCACCUGACGGUACAGCCCAGAGUCACCCCGGUGUUCGUCAGCAUUCCCAGCGACGUGACAGUGGAGUCGGGCACCGACGUGCAGCUGCCAUGCAGCUCCCAGGGGGAGCCUGAGCCGGCCAUCACCUGGAACAAGGAUGGGGUACAAGUGACGGAAAGUGGGAAAUUCCACAUCAGUCCUGAGGGGUUUUUGACCAUCCACGACGUGGGGACCGCGGACGCCGGCCGCUACGAGUGUGUGGCCCGUAACACGAUUGGGCAGGCCUCGGUCAGCAUGGUGCUCAGCGUCAACGUUCCUGAUGUCAGUCGAAACGGGGAUCCAUUUGUAGCUACAUCAAUUGUGGAAGCGAUUGCGACUGUUGACAGAGCUAUAAACUCCACGCGGACACACCUGUUCGACAGCCGGCCGCGCACCCCGAAUGACCUGCUGGCCUUGUUCCGUUACCCGAGGGACCCGUACACCGUGGAGCAGGCGCGAGCGGGCGAGAUAUUUGAGCGCACGCUGCAACUCAUCCAGGAGCACGUGCAGCACGGCCUCAUGGUGGACCUCAAUGGCACCGGUUACCACUACAACGACCUCGUGUCACCGCAGUACUUGAGUCUCAUCGCCAACCUGUCGGGCUGCACCGCGCACCGGCGCGUGAACAACUGCUCGGACAUGUGCUUCCACCAGAAGUACCGUACGCACGACGGCACCUGCAACAACCUGCAGCACCCCAUGUGGGGCGCCUCGCUGACCGCCUUCGAGCGCUUGCUGAAGUCCGUGUACGAGAACGGCUUCAACACCCCGCGGGGCAUCAACCCCGGCCGGCUGUACCACGGGCACGCGCUGCCCAUGCCCCGCCUGGUGUCCACGACGCUGAUCGGGACGGAGGCCGUGACGCCCGAUGACCAGUUCACUCACAUGCUCAUGCAGUGGGGCCAGUUCCUGGACCAUGACCUGGACUCCACGGUGGUGGCCCUGAGCCAGGCCCGCUUCUCCGACGGGCAGCACUGCAGCGUCGUGUGCAGCAGUGACCCGCCCUGCUUCUCGCUCGCCAUCCCGCCCAACGACCCGCGCGUCCGGAACGGCGCGCGCUGCAUGUUCUUCGUGCGCUCCAGCCCCGUGUGCGGCAGCGGCAUGACGUCGCUGCUCAUGAACUCCGUGUACCCGCGGGAGCAGAUCAACCAGCUCACCUCCUACAUCGACGCGUCUAACGUGUACGGGAGCUCGGAGCACGAGGCCCGCGCCGUCCGGGACCUGGCCAGCCAGCGCGGGCUGCUGCGCCAGGGCAUCGUGCAGCGCUCGGGGAAGCCGCUGCUGCCGUUCGCCGCCGGGCCGCCCACCGAGUGUAUGCGUGACGAGAACGAGAGCCCCAUCCCCUGCUUCCUGGCCGGCGACCACCGCGCCAACGAGCAGCUGGGCCUGACCAGCAUGCACACGCUGUGGUUCCGCGAGCACAAUCGCGUGGCCACCGAGCUGCUGGCGCUGAACCCGCACUGGGACGGCGACACCAUCUACCACGAGGCGAGGAAGAUCGUGGGGGCGCAGAUGCAGCACAUCACCUACCGGCACUGGCUGCCCAAGGUGCUGGGUGAGGUGGGCAUGAAGAUGCUGGGCGAGUACCGCGGCUACGAGCCGGGCGUCAACGCCGGCAUCUUCAACGCCUUCGCCACGGCUGCCUUCCGCUUCGGCCACACGCUCAUCAACCCCGUGCUCUACCGGCUGGACGAGAACUUCGAGCCCAUCGCGCAGGGACACGUGCCCCUGCACAAAGCCUUCUUCUCGCCGUUCCGGAUCGUGAACGAGGGCGGCAUUGACCCGCUGCUCAGGGGCCUUUUCGGCGUGGCCGGGAAGAUGCGCGUGCCCUCCCAGCUGGUGAACUCCGAGCUCACCGAGCGCCUCUUCUCCAUGGCGCACACGGUGGCGCUGGACCUGGCCGCCAUCAACAUCCAGCGGGGCCGUGACCACGGCAUCCCGCCCUACCACGACUACCGAGUCUACUGCAACCUGUCGUCCGCCCACACCUUCGAGGACCUGAAGAAUGAAAUCAAAAACCCCGAGAUCCGGGAGAAGCUCAGACGGUUGUACGGGUCCCCACUCAACAUCGACUUGUUCCCUGCCCUCAUGGUGGAAGACCUGGUUCCCGGCAGCCGCCUGGGCCCCACCUUGAUGUGUCUGCUGAGCACGCAGUUCAGGCGUCUACGAGAUGGGGACAGGCUGUGGUAUGAGAACCCGGGGCUGUUUUCCCCGGCCCAGCUGACGCAGAUCAAGCAGACGUCCCUGGCCAGGAUCCUGUGUGACAAUUCCGACAACAUCACGCGUGUGCAGAGGGAUGUGUUCAGAGUGGCGGAGUUUCCCCACGGCUACGGCAGCUGUGACGACAUUCCCAGGGUCGACCUGCGCGUGUGGCAGGACUGCUGUGAAGACUGUAGGACCAGGGGACAGUUCAACGCCUUCUCGUAUCACUUCCGAGGCAAGCGGUCCCUUGAAUUCAGCUACCAGGACGAGGCGCCCACCCCAAAAGCAGAGCCUGGGAGGACGCUGAGUGUUGGGGAGCAGAGUGAGCACCCCAGAAAUGCCACGUCUGCCGCCUCUGAGCACCCACAGGUUCCGGGGGCCGGUGACUUCAGGGACUUCGUCCUAGAGAUGCAGCAGACCAUCGCAGACCUCAGGACACAGAUAAAGAAGCUGGAGGCCCGGCUCAGCCCAGGGGAGUGCACGGGCGCGGACGGCGACCCCCACGCCGACGGGACCCGGUGGAAACGAGACGCGUGCACCCUCUGUGAAUGCCAUGAUGGGCAGGUCACCUGCUUCGUGGAAGCUUGCCAGGCUGCUGACUGCCCAGCGCCUGUGACAAUCAGUGGAGCCUGCUGCCCCGUCUGCCCGCAAGACGUCCCGGGAAGGAAGCCUUGAAGCCCCUCGGAGCCCUCCGAGCGUCCUCUGAGGCCGCUGGCUGCUGCAGGACAUGAAGGUCAGGCGGUCCCGGACAUGUCGCCGGGCUGUCUCAGAAGCAGUGCCAUGGACACAGCAGAUAUGCGGUGGGAACAGACACGAGUCCUAACUUCAUGUUAGAUCCUCAGGUUUUUAUUUAAGUUUUUUAAUGAAAAGUCGGUGCUACUAUUAAAUUGCACAGUUAAAUCA